AAGGGGCUUCUUGCUAUGCCUAUGAUGCUGUAAUUACCAUAGAAUCCCAAUGAAACAUGGGUUAUAUAAUGUUGAAUCACCUCCAUUGUUGUGUUUUCCCACGUGAAACGAGCUCCUUUAACUGCCAUAUCAAACAGAUUUGUGUCAGCCAAGCAAAAUCCUGAAAAUCGUCCAUGAAUGCUCGUGAAAAGUGAAGAAUUUGAUUGAAAUUCCUCACAAGUUAAGGUGAAUUGAUGCUCCUCCAUUGUUGCUUGCUACAGAAAAAGUUCCAACCUUUAAGGACAGCAUGGAAUAAGUAAUACACACACACAUAAAUACAUAUUAGGAACGAAUAAACAUGUAAAAUAAAACAAAUAGAUAAAUAGAAGCAGAGUGGAGACCAAUGGAGGAAUCACUCCUGACGGCAUCAGUAUCAUUGUCAUCAUCAUGCAGCAGAAGAACCGGUGGUACUUCUUCUUUGUUCUUCUUUGAUCAUCUUCGUCUUUCCUCGGUGACUCCGAUCACUUCUUCUUCGCUCUUCUUUGCUCCAUCUAGAUCCUUUGUUCUUGUCAUCAGCAACACUACCAGAAGAAAGGGUAAAAAAUCUGUAGUUAGUAUGACUGUAAGUGAAGGGAGCUCAGUACCUAAAGAAGUUGCUCCUAGCAACAUGAUUUAUGAGCCAAUAUUGGAGGAUGGAAUUUUCCGGUUUGAUGGUUCUGAGGAGCAUAAGAAGGCAGCUUUCCCAAGUGUUUCAUUUAUGAACAGCAAAGAUAGGGAAACACCGAUUAUAAGCCAGCGAUUUCCUUCACACCUUCCUAGCUUUGUGUGCCUUCAUGGGCAGCAAGUUGUCACUUUUGAGCUUCCUCCUGGAACCUCAUUUUACGGGACGGGAGAAGUCAGUGGACAGUUGGAGAGAACAGGAAAGCGGGUUUUUACAUGGAACACUGAUGCCUGGGGAUAUGGUCCUGGAACUACUUCAUUGUACCAGUCGCAUCCAUGGGUACUAGCUGUUCUUCCAAAUGGAGAAACACUAGGGGUUCUUGCAGAUACAACACGGAGAUGCGAGAUUGAUCUUACGAAAGAAGGAAUAAUAAGAUUUGUUGCUCCCCCAUCGUAUCCAAUUAUCACCUUUGGUCCAUUCUCCUCACCCACGGCGGUCUCGGAGUCUUUGUCUCAUGCUAUAGGAACCGUAUUUAUGCCUCCAAAGUGGGCCUUAGGCUACCAUCAAUGCCGUUGGAGUUAUAUGUCUGACAAGCGAGUUCGUGAGGUUGCUCAAACUUUUCGAGAUAAGAAGAUUCCUGCUGAUGUUAUAUGGAUGGACAUUGACUACAUGGAUGGUUUUCGUUGUUUCACAUUUGACAAGGAGCGUUUCCCAGACCCAAAUGCUUUGGCAGAAUAUCUUCACGACAAUGGUUUCAAAGCGAUCUGGAUGCUUGACCCUGGAAUAAAACAGGAGGAGGGUUACUUUGUAUACAAUAGUGGAACCAAAGAUGAUGUUUGGAUUAAACAAGCAGAUGGGAGGCCCUUUAGUGGUGAAGUAUGGCCUGGGCCUUGCGUUUUCCCCGAUUAUACGAACUCAAAAGUUCGCUCUUGGUGGGCAAAUCACGUUAAGGAAUUUAUUUCAAGUGGUGUUGAUGGCAUAUGGAACGAUAUGAAUGAGCCGGCAAUCUUUAAGGUUGUGACAAAGACAAUGCCUGAAACCAAUAUUCACAGGGGAGAUGAUGAGCUUGGAGGCCAUCAAAACCACUCACACUAUCACAAUGUGUAUGGCAUGCUGAUGGCAAGGUCAACUUAUGAAGGGAUGAAAUUAGCUGAUGAGAAUAGGCGGCCAUUUGUUCUGACAAGAGCUGGAUUCAUUGGUAGCCAAAGAUUCGCUGCAACUUGGACAGGAGAUAACCUUUCAAACUGGGAGCAUCUACAUAUGUCUAUCCCCAUGGUACUUCAACUGGGGCUCAGUGGUCAACCUUUAUCAGGGCCGGACAUCGGUGGAUUUGCUGGCAACGCAACACCACGUUUAUUUGGACGGUGGAUGGGUGUUGGUGCUAUGUUUCCAUUCUGCCGUGGCCAUUCUGAGGCUGGUACUGAUGAUCAUGAGCCUUGGUCCUUUGGGGGAGAGUGCGAGGAAGUCUGUCGUGCUGCCUUGAAGAGGCGUUACCAAUUCCUACCACAUUUGUACACUCUUUUCUACAUGGCUCAUAAAACUGGUGUUCCAGUAGCAACUCCCAUAUUUUUCUCUGAUCCAAAAGAUCCCCAGCUAAGGACUGUUGAGAAUGCCUUUCUUUUGGGUCCACUUCUCGUCUAUGCAAGCACUUCAUCUAGCCAGGGAGCUGAUGAGUCACAGCAUUUGUUGCCUAAAGGAACUUGGUUGAGUUUCGAUUUUGAAGAUUCACAUCCGGAUUUACCAGCUUUAUAUUUACAAGGUGGAUCAAUUAUACCAUUGGGUCCUUCACAUUUGCAUGUUGGGGAGUCUAGACCAACCGACGACUUGACCCUUCUCGUGUCAUUAGACAAAAAUGGGAAAGCUAAGGGACUCCUGUUUGAAGAUGAUGGAGAUGGAUAUGGAUACACUGAAGGCAUAUAUCUUCUGACACACUAUAUUGCCGAGCGACAGUCUUCCACUGUUACCCUAAGAGUUUCAAAAAUGGAAGGAGAGUGGCAGAGGCCAAAACGCCGUCUUCAUGUCCAGUUAUUACUAGGUGGAGGUGCUAUGCUUGAUACUUGGGGGAUGGAUGGAGAGGAUAUCCAGAUCAGAAUUCCUUCAGAAAGUACAGUCUCAGAGCUUGUAUCCAAGAGCAAGGAGUGUUACAAUCUUCGUAUGGAAAAUGCAAAACUUCUUCCCGAGAGGGAACAGCAGCUUGGACAAAAGGGAAUGGAACUUUCAAAGGAACCAAUUGAACUUCAAGCUGGUGACUGGGCUCUUAAUAUAGUUCCCUGGAUUGGUGGAAGAAUAUUAUCCAUGAAGCAUUUGCCAACAGGAGUGCAAUGGCUUCACAGCAGGAUAGAUAUCAAUGGUUAUGAAGAGUACAGCAAUCCUGAGUACCGAUCAGCUGGAUGUACCGAGGAAUAUAAUGUCAUUGAGAGAGAUCUGGAACAUGCAGGAGAGGAAGAAUCUAUUAUUUUAGAAGGUGAUAUAGGUGGUGGAAUCAUUCUUCGACGUAAAAUUACUAUACCUAAAGACAAUCCCAAUGUUUUCCAAAUUGCCUCAAGCAUUGAAGCCCGUAACGUUGGUGCUGGUUCAGGUGGAUUCUCAAGGCUGGUAUGCUUAAGAGUACAUCCGACUUUCACUCUUUUGCACCCCACCGAGACUUUUAUCUCGUUCACCUCAGUUGAUGGUUCAAAGCAUGAAGUUUGGCCAGAAUCCGGGGAGCAAUUCUUUGAAGGGAACAACCUGCCAAAAGGUGAAUGGAGGCUUGUAAAUAAGUGCCUUAAUCUGCAGCUGAUAAACCGGUUCGAUGAGAAACAGGUCUUCAAAUGUCUGAUCCAUUGGGACUGUGGAACUGUGAACUUGGAGCUCUGGUCUGAAGAGAGACCUGUCUCAAAGGAAUCGCCGUUGGUAAUCAACCAUGAGUACGAGGUCAUAAGCUUCAUAUAAACAGUGUUCAAACGCAUAACGCAGGCAGAAUAUUGCAUAUGAAGACAUUCGUCUCCUGUGCUCUAUGGCUUCACCAUUCUCACGAAUAUAAUUAAAGUUACAUGCAUAAUUACAAUGCGUAACAAAAUAAAGUUAUACAUAUGAAAAUGAAAUACAAACAACCUUUACCAAAAAAAACUAAAUAAAUAAAUGGUCAGUUUAUGUUCUGACCUGUCUUUUCUGUU